AUGGCUCGAGACGAGAAAGAGGGCACCGGGCUCCUCGGCGCCGAACAAGACGACUACCAAGAGCGCUUCCGCAAGUCAUACGAAGCUCGUGCAUCCUCAGAUCUAGAAUCGGACCUCGAUGCGACCGAAUUCCUACAAUCAGACCCAUUGACCGCAACCAAGGGCUCCUAUACGGCCGCAUACCAAACACAGCCUCGCAGUCGGUGGUUACGACAGCCAUGCGGCUGCUGUGCUGGCAGAUCAAGAAAAUGUAUAUGGUCAUGCCUGGGUGUGUUGGCCCUCGUGUUUCUGGCUCUUGGAUCGGGCGGCUUCUUUGCCUACAAGAAAUACACCAGUCCUCAAGAUGGGCUUUCUCCGCCGUGGUACCCGACUCCGAAAGGUGGAACGGCACGAAACUGGGCAGACAGCUACAGGAAGGCCAGUGAAAUGGUCACCAAGAUGACGCUUCCGGAGAAGGUCAAUAUCACGACGGGCACUGGUUGGAUGAUGGGUCCAGCCGUUGGCAACACUGGACCUGCUGUCAAUGUCGGCUUCCCGUCCCUAGCCUUGCAAGAUGGGCCACUCGGUAUACGAUUCGCAGACAACGCCACGGCCUUCCCAGCAGGAAUCACCGUGGGAGCGACAUGGAACAAAGAUCUAAUGUACAAAUGGGGAAAUGUCCAUGCUAUCGAGGCGAGGAAGAAGGGUAUCAAUGCCAUCCUCGGUCCUUGCAUAGGUCCACUCGGCCGUAUGCCCGCUGGCGGGAGGAACUGGGAGGGCUUUGGCGCGGAUCCAUAUCUACAAGGUAUCGCCGCGUAUCAGUCGAUCAAGGGCAUCCAGGAUGAGGGUGUCAUGGCGACCAUCAAACAUCUUGUUGCCAAUGAGCAGGAGCAUUUCCGGCAAUCCUGGGAAUGGGGGCUGCCAAACGCCAUCUCGAGCAACAUUGACGAUCGAACCAUGCACGAACUUUACUUGUGGCCAUUCCAGGACUCAAUCAAGGCCGGCGUCGCCAGUAUCAUGUGCAGCUACAAUCAAAUCAACAACUCUUAUGCUUGUGGCAACUCCAAGAUUCUAAACGGCAUAAUCAAGGAUGAGAUGGGUUUCCAGGGAUUUGUCAUGAGUGACUGGCUUGCCCAGCGUGGAGGCGUAUCGAGCGCUCUGGCUGGUCUGGAUAUGACCAUGCCAGGUGAUGGCUUGUUUUGGGCAGAUGGCAAGUCGCUAUGGGGACCUGAGCUUACCAAGUCUAUUCUGAAUGGUUCUUUACCCGUCGAGAGGCUCAACGACAUGGUGACCCGUAUUGUCGCCUCUUGGUAUCAGCUCGGGCAGGAUGAUACGGAGAGAUUCGAUCCCGACGGUCCCAACUUUUCCUCCUGGACAAACGAAGAAGUCGGAGUUGAAGCGCCUGGUAGCCCUACUGAUCAGGAGACGACGGUUGUCAAUGAGUUCGUCAAUGUAAUGGGCAAUCAUUCUGCUUUGGCACGACAGAUAGCUGCAGAAGGCAUUGUUCUUCUCAAGAAUGAGCAGAUUCUACCCAUCGAUCGUCAUGGCAACACCGACAUGAAGCUCAGAAAGAAGCACACUGGACAUGUGCGCAUCGGCAUCUUUGGCGAUGAUGCUGGACCAAACCCCAACGGACCCAACGGAUGCAAAGACCGUGGCUGCAACGAGGGCACCCUUGCCAUGGGAUGGGGCUCCGGUGCUGUCGAGCUGCCGUACCUUGUUACGCCCAUUGACGUUCUCGGCAGCGGCUGGGAUAAGGAAAAGGUCGAGGUUUCGUCUUGGCUUACGAACACGCCACCCUUCAAAGAACAACCUGAUAUUCUAAAUAACCAGGACAUUUGCAUCGUCUUUGCAAACGCCGAUUCGGGAGAGGGUUUCGUGAGUUGGAGCAACGUCAAGGGAGAUCGUCCAGAUCUGAAUCUGCAAAAAGGCGGCGAUGAUCUGAUUGUGUCGGUGGCGAAUGGCUGUGGAGGCGGAACCGGCGAGACCAUCGUGGUCCUCCACACCGUUGGGCCAGUCUUGAUGGAGCAGUGGAUUGACCUUCCGGGUGUCAAGGCGGUCUUGCUCGCCAAUCUUCCUGGCCAAGAAAGUGGCAAUGCCCUGGCAGAUGUGAUUUUUGGCGAUGUCAACCCUAGUGGACGCUUACCUUGGACCAUCGGUCGCAGUCUCGAUGACUAUGGCGAUGGUGCUAAGAUCAUGUAUUUGCCCAACGGCGUGGUUCCGCAACAAGAUUUCACCGAGGGUCUCUACGUUGAUUAUCGGCACUUUGACAAGAAGGACGUCAAGCCCAGGUUCGAAUUCGGCUUUGGUUUGAGCUAUACUACCUUCGAGUUCAGCAUUCCCGAUCUUGUUGAGCUUAAACCAAAGAGCGCAUAUCCAACGCCUCGACCGAGAGAUUUUGCGAUGCCACCUGAGUACGAUACGAGCAUCCCCGACGAGAAUGAGGCGCUGUUCCCUGCCGGGUUCAGAAAGCUCGAAAAGUUUGUCUAUCCAUACCUCGACACGGUGGAUGAAAUGGUGGCGGUCACAGACAAGUAUCCGUACCCCGAUGGUUAUGAUGUGCAGCAGCCUCUUUCUCCAGCUGGUGGUGACGAAGGCGGCAAUCCCGACCUGUGGGAAACGUACGUUUCCAUUACCACCAAUGUGACCAACACUGGUGCAAAUGAUGGUCAGGUGGUUACUCAGCUCUACCUGAUUUAUCCUGCCGAGGCAUCCAAGACUGAAGGCGUUGACUUUCCCAUCAAGGUGCUCAGAGGGUUUGAGAAGACGCUCAUAAAGCAACGGGAGACUGUUAGUGUCACAUUCAACGUGACACGCCGAGACUUGAGUUAUUGGGAUGUCAAGGCACAGAACUGGAAAAUGAUUACAGAAGGAAAGUAUGGAUUUGUAAUUGGAACGAGUUCAAAGUACCUGCACAGAGCAGCAGAGUGGUAA